AUGGAGUUUUCCCCUCCUUCCAAGAAAUGCUUUCCAACCAAAUCAAAAGAAGAUGUAGCAGAUGAUGAAAGAGUGUAUCAAGGAUACAGAGAUCUCAUUUCAUCCCUUCCAAAUGAGAAAGGCUGGAUCUCUGAAAGCCUAGUUCUCUACCAAGGUUUUUGGUACGUCUCCACUAUUUCACUACAAGGAGCCAUGGCCGUUCAACAACACUUCAAGGCUCGACCCACUGAUAUUCUCUUAACCUCCACUCCGAAAUCAGGCACCACAUGGACUAAGGCCCUCAUUUUUGCCAUCAUCAACCGCACCAACUAUGAUUUUACUACACACCCUUUGCUUAUUCAUAAUCCUCAUGACUGUGUUCCCACCUUAGAAACCAAUCUCUACCGCACCACCCCAAUCCCCAACCCUGAUGUUCUUCCAUCACCUCGCCUCUUCUCAACCCACAUCCCCUAUUCAUCUCUACCAGAAUCAAUAACAGCCUCCAAUUGUCGAAUCAUCCACAUCUGCCGUAACCCAAAAGAUGUACUUAUUUCCUUCUGGUUCUUUGCAAAUAAGUUACAAGCGAAGCUCAACAAGGACCAUCCACUACUCCCACUUGAGGAGGCAUUUCAGUUGUUCUGCAAAGGAGCUUCCCCAUAUGGACCCUAUUGGGACCAAGUGUUGGGAUAUUGGAAAGCAAGCUUAGAGUGGCCUGAGAGGAUACUCUUUCUAAAAUACGAGGGUCUUAAAGGCAACCCAUUUUCUUGUUUGAAGAAAUUGGCUGAACACCUGGGGUAUCCCUUCUCCUUGGAGGAGGAGGAACAAGGGGUGGUGGAAAAAAUAUUGAACCUUUGUAGUUUCGAGAAUUUGAGCAGUUUGGAUGUGAACAAGAAUCCAGAGAAGGUGGGCAAUCUGGGGGUGGAAAACAGUGCCUUCUAUAGAAAAGGCCAAGUUGGAGACUGGGAGAACCAUCUAACUGCCGAAAUGGUAGAGCACAUAGAUCGCAUCACUGAACAGAAGUUUCACGGCUCUGGCUUGUCAUUCUAG